UCAACCUUGAAAAACAAAAUCCUACUUUCCAAAAGAGUUAAUAAUUUUCUUAAACAUUAUAGAAAUUUUGGGGAAUUAUUAUUGAGGAAAAACCCGCGUUUUUGAAAAAUGGCAGCGAAGCUACUGUUGCUUAUGUUCUUGGUGAGUAGCAUUACCGCGCAGGCGCCUUCUUCCAUUUCCGGCGUCCCGGUUGCCCAGCCCGGCGUCCAUCCGCCACAGCCUUCUUCUUUCCUAACUCAGCCCAAUCCCAACAUCCCUCUCGGUCCUAUGGGCACCCCUCUGGUUCCUGUCGCACAGCCAACCGCCCCGGCGGCGACGCCGAAUAACCCGUUCGCUCAGCCGGCGGUAUUCACUAAUCCCGCGGCCGUGCCCUCAUCCUCCAUACUGACUAAUCCCACAUUUCCGGCUGCACCGGCACCUGCUGUCGUCGGUCCGACGUUUCCGGUCGCUCCCGCGCCCCAACCCGGUGCCAUCCCAACGAACCCGGCCGUUCCCGCUCCACCGGUUUUCUUUCCUUCUGUACCUGCACCGCAGCCCUCGGUUCCCGCCGCUCCCGGUGUGCAGCCGUCUGCUCCAGUUAAUCCCGCGGUUCCCGCUCCAGGUGUCCAGCCGGCACCUGGCGUGAUCCCGCCCACUAAUCCCAAUGUCCCACAGCCUUCCGUUGUAGUGAAUCCGGCCAAUCCCGGUGCUCAGCCGGCUUUUCCGGGUGUUCUGAUUAAUCCUAAUCCGGCUAAUCCGUCGGUGCCGGUACCGGGACCGGUGUUUCCCAAUCCGGCACCCCCGGCUAAUCAGCCCGGUCGACCAGCUGUUCCGGUGGCGCAACCCACUGUCCCCGCUACGCCAGGUGUGCCCACACCGACCGCUCCCGGGCAGCCAGGUGUUCAAACACCAGCGGCACAUCAGGAGCAGACGAUUAACCAGAUCUCGACCGCCACUGCCGAAUUCAUCACUACGCUGGAUUUUGCCCAGAUUGUCUCCUUUCUGCGUAUUAUGCUGCUCAAUCAGGCGCUAGGCGGCGGAGGAAGCGCCCGACCCGGCACCUGGUCCGGGGCCAGUGCCGGUGCCGGUGGUAGGCCGAACGGUCUGACGGUGCAUGUGGAAGGUUAUGGAACGGAAUUAGCCGCUGGUGGAACGCCGUCGCCACUCAUGCAGAUGACACUAUUUAAGGGACCGCAAGGAUUGAGAAUGACUCAAAUGGCCAAGGAACUGCAAAAUUCGGAUUUCGGAAAAUACGUUACCGGCAUUCAUGAAUAUUGGAAAUCGGCCCCGGAAAACCUCCGCGACCAGUAUCGACCGGGCAUUCUGAAGGAUAUUGAUAGUCUUAAUGUUACACCAAAAAUUAAGAACGCCAUUCAAGAGUUAUUACCUGGAUUAACGUUAGGCAAGAAUCCCGCCGGUGUCGCAGCAUAAAGAUAGGUGUCGUUGUGCUGAUAUGUUCGGCAUAAUUAUACAAAUUGUACGUAUGUUAUAUUGGCAAAUUGUUAAUGCUUUGUACACGUUUGUUGAUAUUGGAGUCGGGGCUUGAAUGCAGUAGCAUAUAAUCUGACUAUGAGAGAUGUCGGAAAGACAAGUAAAUGCUUAGGAAAAUAUUCGUACGGCUUUUGUUAGAUUAGUGGAAACUGAAAAGAAAAUCAUAAGAUCAAUCAGCUUUUUUACUGUGUAAAAAUAUCGUUAUUCAUGUAUCAUGCAUGUAGCUAUUUGCGAAAUUGUUAAAUUCAAUGGAAUAAUAAUCGUGUUUUCAGUUUUCCACUUUCCUCUGUGCAUUUUCAUGUUAUGGUAUAUUGUAAAUGUUAUCCCUUUCCCGUUCCUGUGUGGUUAGACAGCUGAUUGAUAAUCUUAUUAAUCUGUAUUGUUAAAGCAACCUAACUUUUGAAAUUCAAACCUUAUGUUUUCCAAUCUGAUCCUUCUGCUUCGCACCUCUUUUGAAUU